GGGUGAAGCAUUAUCAACGCAUGGUUGCCAUUUUGUUGGUUGGCAAAACAUUAUAAUAAUUUUCGACUUUCGUUUCAUGCACAGUAAAGUGAAUCUGAUGGUUCAUGUUCAUUAUUUAAGUAUUUUGUAAAUGUAAAUACGUUACAUUUAAGCUGAUUUGUAUGUUACAUUAAUUGUAGUAAUUAUGCCAGUAUCUUGUGUGGCAUAUGGAUGUACCAUUAGGUAUAAAUCCGGUCAAAAUGUUCAUUUUUUUCGAUUUCCUUUGAAUAAUGAAAAUGUAAACCAAAAGUGGAUUAUUGCAUUGAGACGAAAAAAUUUUAUACCCUCUCAAUGGAGUCGUAUAUGCAGUAUUCAUUUUAUUGACAGUGAUUAUGAAAUAAGACCUGGAACCAUUAAACCACGUUUAAAAAUUGAUGCUGUACCAUCAAAUUUCCCAUCUUUUCCUUCUUACCUUCAAAAACCUGCCAAAUGUCCUCGAAAAGAACCUGCAAAAAGAAACUAUACACCAAUGGAAGUUCCAAUAAUUGAUACCGCUUUAGAUCUUGAAGUAGAUGACACUAAAAUAUUGGUUGAAAAUAGUGAUGAUAUUCUAAAAAUAAAUUCUGUUGCUGAUAAAGAAGUUCAAACAUUAGAAAAUUAUGCAGAUGAACUUUUCUUAAAAAGUAAAAUCAAGAAAUUACAACAAAAAUUAAGAAGAAAACAAAACAAAAUAAAUAAUUUAGAAGAUUUACUGAAGGACCUAAAGUGCAAAGGCUUAAUUGAUACUGAACCAGGAAAUAUUAUAGAAAAUUGUUUCAGUGGUAAUAUUUUUAAAUUAUUCUUAGAAAAAUUGCAUUGCUUAAUUUUUGCUUGAUAUAUAUAUAUUUGCAUGCAUGCUAAUGCUUGUUAGGCACCAUUUUGGAUUUAUUUAAAAAUGAAAUGAAAAAUAAUAAUAAAGUAACUGGUGCACGAUAUUCAACAGAAAUGAAACAGUUUUCUUUAACUUUGUAUUAUUACUCUCCAAAAGCUUAUAAUUUUUGCAGGUAAUUAAAUUAUAUCUAUAGCUAGCUUAUUGCUUAUGUUAAGCAUACAUUUUAUACUAUGAUAUAAUACAAUUUUUU